AACCCUGUAGGUUGCUUCAUCAUUUUGUGUGUGGUAGAUCAAGCAGAGGAGAUAUUUGUUCCAUCAUGUUUUUAAAAAGAAACACCUGUCUGCUGGUUUUUCUGUUGUGUUCUCUGACCUUGUGGUGCAAAUCGACCAGCGCAGGCUCCAGCUUUCUCAGCCCUUCACAAAAACCUCAGAACAAGGGGAAGUCGUCUAGAGUCGGCCGCCAAGUCAUGGAGGAGCCCAGUCAACCCACUGGGGACAACCACAUCACGGUGAGUGCCCCCUUUGAAAUUGGCAUCACCAUGACAGCAGAGGACUUUGAGGAGUACGGCGUGGUGCUGCAGGAGAUCAUUCAACGUCUGCUGGGAAACACAGAGACAGCAGAGAGACCAUCACAACUGUGAAGAUUGUGGACAAGAUUUUAAAAUUUGCUGUCUCACUGCCUUCCAACUUCAGCUUCA